AUGGUUAAAACAGAACCAGGAACUAAUAGUCAUUUAUUACGAUGUAUGGCGGACUCGGGUGCUAAUAUGUCCUUCAUCUUGAGUGAAGUUACGAGGGCAUUGGGUUUAAAGGCGGUAAAUAAAGAAUCGUUAAGCAUUCACACAUUUGGAAAUGAAAACUCGAAAACGCGCAGUUAUGAUAUUGUGGAAGUAACUUUGAGAAACGCGAAGGAUAAUAAUCGGAAAAUAAAAAUCAGAGCAGUAGUGAUUGAUUGCAUUACAUUAGCACAUAUUAAAAUUCCUUCUCAAUGGGCAAAGAACGCCGCUUUGACAAAAGGCAUUGAGUUAGCGGAUAUUAGUAGUUAUCCAAAUGACAAAAUUCAUGUUUUGAUCGGUUCGGAUUACAUCGCUGAAAUUUUGGGGGAAAGGAACAUAAGAAUUAGUAGGAGGUUGAUUGCGGUUGAUAGCAUUUUUGGAUUUUUGCUUCAGGGAAAAGAUGAGGAAUCAAAUCGUCAGAUAUCAAUGGUGAAUCAUUUAUUCGCGAAAAAUGAGGAGUUGGAUAUUGAUAGAAUUGAAAAAUUAUGGUCAAUGGAAGCAAUUGGGAUAAAUAUGGAAAAGGAGGCAAGUCUGUCGGAUAAAGACGUUUUAGAAUCAUUUGAGCGAAACACGACUUAUACAAACAAAAGAUAUGAAACUCGGCUGUUAUGGAAAGGGAACUGUACACAAUUAAGCAGUAAUUUUGAAAUUGCUAAACGUCGUUUGUUUAGUUUAGGAAACACAUUAAGAAAAAAUAAGGAACUGUGUUCCAGGUACAAUGAAAUUAUUGAAGAACACAUAAGGGACGGUAUCGUUGAACGCGUAGAAAAGAACUUAGAUCAAAGUACAAGCACAGGAUAUUUUCUUCCGCAUCACGCAGUAGUACGCGAACAGAAGGAUACUUCGAAGGUUAGGAUAGUAUUUGACGCUUCGUCUAAACGCAAGGGAGAAUUAUCGUUGAAUGAUUGUCUAGAAAGCGGGCCGGAUUUAAAUCCCGAUUUGCUUAGUAUUAUAUUAAGAUUUAGAUUACACAAGAUAGCAUUUUGUGCGGACAUUCAGCGCGCAUUUUUAGAGAUAGGAUUAGCUGAGGAAGAUAGGGAGUUCUUAAAGUUUUUAUGGGUAAAGAAAAAUGGUCCUGUCCUCGAUCUCAGCCCUAGUAAUAUCGAGGUUCUGAAAUAUGCAAGAGUAACCUUUGGCGUAAAGUGCAGUUCAUUUUUGUUGGCAGGAAUUUUGCGGCUGCACUUGCGUAAAUAUGAAGAAGAGUACCCACGCGCGUGUGAGAUGCUCCGCAAUCUUUACGUAGACGAUCUCAUCAACGGAUCUUCAGACCCAGAGGAUGCUUUGAAAUUAAGUAAAGAUAUGAUAUUUAUACUAAGCCAAGCUAGCAUGAACUUACGAAGAUGGGUUUCCAAUUCGUCAAUUCUCAAUGAAGCGUGGAAAAACGACCACAUAGACUUUCGAAAUACUUCCGAAGAACGAGGAGUACCUCUUAAAAUUCUGGGUCUAAUAUGGGACAACAUAGAAGAUAAUUUGAAAUUAGACAUUCAUCAAUUUGAGAAAUUUAAAGACACUAAACGGAUAACAAAACGAGUCAUUUUAGCAGCAUGUGGUAUGCUUUUUGAUCCUAUAGGCAUGUUGAAUCCGUUUACAGUACGAAUAAAGCUGUUAUUGCAAGCGAUAUGGGAAAGUGGUAUAUCAUGGGAUGAAAGCGUUCCUUUUGAAAUAAAGUGUACGUUUAUGGAAUGGCUAAGUGAAAUAGACGAAAUAGAAAACAUAAAAAUUCCCAGGUUAUAUUUCACUGAUUUUGAGUGGGGAGCAUCAGAAGUUCAUAUAUUUUCAGACGCAAGCCCAAAGUGCUAUGGAUGCGUGGCUUACUUUCGAAUGAAACACGGUAAUGGAUAUUUAACAAAAUUUAUGAUAGCGAAAUCUCGAGUAGCCCCAUUAAAAGGGUUGACUCUCCCACGAUCGGAAUUAAUGGGUGCAUUAAUUUCUUCAAGGUUGGGAUCUUACUUGCAAGAUACGUUCCACAAGCUAGAGAAACAGAAGAUUUUCUAUUGGACUGAUUCGCAGAUAUGUCUCCAUUGGAUCAAGGGAAAUGCUGAUGAGUGGAAGCAGUUUGUUAGGACCGUGUAA